GACUAUACGAUAUUGAGAGCAGCAUUAUCCACCGUACUUGUUAUUAGAUCUCCUUGCGGUUAUAACUCAUGUGCUAACCUUUGUUCUUAUAUAUAUACUGCGGAAUGGAACGGAGUCGACUAGCGGGCAUGCGCUUUGCUAUGUACAGUCACAGUAACAUGUGGAUGCCGGAGCAGUCGAGAUUGGUCGAGGAGGGGGAUGAUGACAAGAAAAUGAUGGAAACAGCGCGAGAUUUCUACAAUCUAACGUCUACACAGGCUCCCUUUCACGAGCGUGGUACUGCAGUUGUGAGACCGGACGCUAGCAAAAACGUUCCUUACAAUCCUAACGUGGUUUAUACAUCUCGUCCCGUCUUUAAAUACACUUGCCCCCAAAAACCAAAGACAGUGUCCCAACGUAAAAAACAUUACAACGAGAUGUGGAGGAACUCUGCACCUCUAGAAGAGAACACCCCCCUAGAGAGUUUCACCGUGGGCAGAUACUUCCGUGACUCCAAAGUUGGUAAGAGUGCAGUGUCAGUUCGGGCGGUGGACGGAAGAUUCAUACCAACACCUCCGAUAAAACUAGGUAACAACGACGAUAAUUCUGGAAACUCCUCACUGAAAUCCGCACCAAACAGUCCAGUGAAGAGGGUGUCUCCUUUGACACUUGAAACAGCGGUGGAGCUGAAAUACGAUCUUCAGGAGACGAUAAUUCCUUAUCCUCAGGUUGAAGAUUCAAGUAGGAUGAUCCGGGAAGACGACAGUCCGUCACCCCUUAUCAGUAACAUACGUGAUGAAAUACUAGCCACACGACGCAGGACCUCCAAUAUACAGAGAAAGUCACUGACAAGUCCAUGACGAAAUGAAAGUUCAAGAAGACUGUAAAUACCAACCAAUCCCAGAACAAAAUGAGUUAUGUUAUAUCGCACGUGGAUUCAGGAGGUGAUCGUAAAUGAUGUCUGAAGGAAUAUUAACUAUACCUUAUCGGACCUAAUUUGAACGGACAUUAAUUGGAGUUGGACGCUGAAGGUUAAAUUAAAUACAUUAAAUGAAUUCUUUCGAGAGUUCCUAUGUCCGUUGAAAAUUAUGUCGGUUCACGAAAUGUCCGGUCAAACAACGUCCGAUAAGGUAUUCCACGUUAAGAUGAAGAGCAUGAUCCUUUUCCGAGUGAGAAAUCUGUAUAUCGCUAUAAUAUGUGACUUUUGAUAAAUUUUAAUAAAGCUAUACUUAUUAAUAAAAUAGAAUUUACUUUGUUUUUCAUUGUCAUUAUUUGUGAACAUGCUCCUGAAAACGUCAAAAAUCCCCAUAACAAAACGGAAUUAUUGUUUAGGUAAAAUUUGGCACUGUUCCAUUCUUAUGUUUUGGCCUAUAAAUGUAAUAAGUGUUUACGAUAUGAGCACACAUCGCUGCAUACUGGUCUUUUGAAGUGUUUGAAGUAGUCAUAGAAGCAUGCAAACGAUGUACCUCUUACCUCGAGGCGACCCGCUUGUGACCCGCUUGUGACUCGAGCCCGAGGUACAUUGUUUUUAUGCUUCCAAAGUUUGAAGACUGCUUCCAAUUGUAAGAUUUAUUACAUCAUUAUUUUGGAGC